AUGGUCUACCGACGAGAUUUUCAACUACCUCUGCGCGGACAGGGAAAAACGGACUGGGAGAUGCACAAGGCCGCAUUGCUCGCGAGGGAGAGACGCCUUAGAGAAAAAAUCCUCCAUUUCGGUGAGCGAGUGAAGGCGGCGAGGCUGACGCAGUCAGCGGCCGAAGCCAGGCUAAAGGUGAUGGAUUCCAAGGUGAGGGUGUGUGAGGAUGCAAGCCAUGAGGUGGAAGCACUGUUGCAGUUUGCGAGACACACUAACGAUCGCCUAAUCCAGGUGCUGGAACAGCAAGCAGAAUACAUGAAGGCGAGGGUCGAAAACCUUCAGGCACUAGUAACGCGGGAGGAUGAUCUGAAGGCCAAAAUUCAGAAGUACCUCGAACAGCUGAGCAACACCAGGACUGCGCAUUUGACGGCUGACGUGAAGCUAAGGGUCACAGACUUCGAGCUGGCAGAAGCGAAGAGAGAAGUUCGAGGAAAGCAUCUGUUGCUUAGCCUAACAAGGGCGAAGAAGGACGCCACAAUCCGACAAAUGGAAGGGCGGGCAUCUGAGUUGAUGGCGGAGAUCAACGACCUCCGUCAACAGGAAAAUCAUCAGCUCGCCAAGUGGUAG